GAAUCUUACCACCAUUUGGCCUCUUUCAUUUCCCAAAUACCCGUCCGUUCACUUCUAACCCAACAAUGUCGGUCAAACGAGGGAUGACACUAUAUUCUGCUCCCACACCAAAUGGAUUCAAAGUCGCUGUGUUUCUGGAAGAGCUGAAGAGUGUCUAUGACUUUGAUUACGAAGUCCGGCCAGUCAAUGUCGCCAAAGGCGAACAAAAGGACCCCUGGUUCAUCGCGAUCAACCCAAACGGUCGCAUUCCCGCCAUUGUAGACCACAACCGGAACGAUUUCGUCGUCUUUGAGACUGCGGCUAUCUUGAUCUACCUCCAGCAACAUUACGACACAGAGAAUAAGUUUGGUUGGGAUCCGAAGGAGAAUCCGGAUAAGUAUAGCGAGAUGUUGCAGUGGAUAUUCUUUGCGCACGGGGGUGUGGGACCUAUGCAAGGACAACUGAAUCACUUUCGCAAUGCUGCUUCUGAAGUCGUACCCUACGCACUAAAUCGAUAUCUCAAUGAAGUCAAACGCCUCUAUAGUGUUCUCGACAUUCGUCUAAACCAAGACCGGGAUUAUCUGGCUGGCCCCGGUCGAGGGAUGUAUUCUAUCGCAGAUAUGAACGUCUUACCAUGGCUGCGUAUCCGCGAAUACAGUGGGCUCGACAAUUUGGAUGAAUGGCCGAAUGUCAAGAGAUGGUGCGAGAACACACUUUCUAGGGAUGCUUGGGAAGUUGCGGGCAACGUUGGUCGUGUGGGGGAUACAGCUUCUCUUUAUAGCGUCGGGUGAGCAACUACACUAGAAUUAUGCUCUUUGUGGUGACGUCCCAUCUCCACUAUAGACACAAACAAACCACUUAGAGGGGAUUCUUUUGCGCACAUCGUUGAAAGAAAGCUAUGUAGCUCUCUGCACGAAAAACAUGCGAGGGUUGCGUCUAUGUACAUAUUAGGCCCAGUUUUUAUAAGCAGAAGCAGUACUUAUGUAUGCACCGUAAUUGGUAGAGUAAUGAGGAUUCAAAUGUUCAAAGUAGUGAUGCA